AUGGGCCACUGUCUCAGCCGCAACGCCUCCGCCGUCAAAGACGACGAGAUCCCCGACGCCCCGAACCUAACACCGUCGCGAACCCCCCGGCGAAGUCCAACUCCUCAGUCUCCCCUCGCCGCCUCCAACAGCCCCUUCCAGAGCCCCUUACCGGCGGGAGUAUCUCCGUCGCCGGCGAGAACUCCGGGAAGAAAAUUCAAAUGGCCGUUUCCGCCGCCGUCGCCGGCGAAGCCGAUCAUGGCGGCGUUGCGACGGCGGAGAGGCGCGCCGCCGCGGCCAAGAGACGAGCCGAUCCCGGAGGACAGCCUCGGAGGAGGUGGGGAGAGGCUGGACAAGAACUUCGGGUUCGGUAAGAACUUUGAAGGGAAGUAUGAGUUGGGGAAGGAGGUGGGGCGAGGGCAUUUUGGUCAUACUUGUUGGGCUAAAGGGAAGAAAGGGAAGAUGAAAGGACAGAUGGUGGCUGUUAAGAUCAUCUCCAAAGCUAAGAUGACAACGGCUUUGUCUAUUGAAGAUGUUCGUAGAGAAGUGAAGUUGCUGAAAGCUUUAUCUGGGCAUAAGCAUAUGGUUAAGUUCUAUGAUGUCUUUGAGGACAAUGAUAAUGUCUAUUUAGUUAUGGAGUUGUGUGAAGGUGGAGAGCUGUUAGAUAGAAUCUUGGCUAAAGGUGGUAAAUACACUGAAGUAGAUGCAAAACGUAUUCUUGUACAGAUACUAUCUGCAACUGCAUUUUUUCAUCUCCAAGGUGUUGUGCACCGUGACUUAAAGCCAGAGAAUUUUCUAUUUACCACCAGAGACGAGGAUGCAACACUCAAAGUCAUAGACUUUGGCUUAUCUGAUUUCAUUAGAUACGAUCAAAGACUCAAUGAUAUUGUGGGAAGCGCAUUCUAUGUAGCACCUGAAGUACUCCAUAGAUCUUACAGCACUGAAGCAGAUAUGUGGAGCAUUGGUGUCAUAUGUUACAUACUACUCUGUGGGAGCAGACCUUUCCAUGCAAGAACUGAGUCUGCAAUAUUCCGUUGUGUGCUUAGAGCAAACCCUAAUUUUGAGGGUAUGCCUUGGCCUUCUAUAUCUCCUACUGGUAAAGACUUUGUGAAGAGGCUUUUGAAUAAGGAUCAUAGGAAAAGAAUGACUGCUGCUCAAGCUCUAGCUCAUCCGUGGUUACGUGAUGAAAACCCUGGUUUACUUCUUGAUUUCUCGGUUUACAAGUUGGUUAGGUCUUAUAUUCGUGCCUCGCCUUUAAGAAGAGCAGCACUUAAGGCUCUCUCCAAAGCUAUACCAGAUGAGGAGCUUGUGUUCCUUAAGGCACAGUUCAUGCUCCUGGACCCUAAAGAUGGAGGCCUAUCUCUUAACAACUUCUCCACGGCUUUAACAAGAUAUGCUACUGAUGCUAUGAUGGAAUCAAAGCUUCCUGACAUUUUAAACACAAUGCAACCUCUUGCGCAAAAGAAGCUCGAGUUUGAAGAGUUCUGUGCGGCUGGGGUCAGCGUUUACCAACUGGAAGCUCUUGAAGAAUGGGAACAAAUUGCAAUUUCAGCGUUUGAGCACUUUGAACAAGAAGGAAACCGAGUCAUAUCUGUCCAAGAACUCGCUGGGGAGAUGAGCGUUGGACCAAAUGCAUAUCCUCUGCUCAAGGAUUGGAUCCGGAGUUCAGAUGGGAAGCUGAGUUUCUUGGGAUACGCUAAGUUCUUGCAUGGUGUGACUGUAAGAAGCUCGAGCUCAAGACCUAGGUGACAUAUCUUCAUGAACAUAAGUCUUCUAACGUGUGAAUCAAGUUGGGUUCAAAGAUACAACAUGUAGUGGAAGUGGAAGGCAGGUACUUCCGGUGUAAAUGAUUCUUUGAGCAUAUUUUUUAGAGGAACUAAACCCAAAAAAAGGGAAAACAUAUUACAUAUUAUAGAAUGAUUUUGAGAGGUGUUGUUCUGGUAUUGUUUUCAGAUUUUAGUUUGGUUAGCAUCAUUGAUUGUAUAUGCUAAUACUCGUUGGAGCUCUAAAGAAAUGACUUUAAAAGCGAUUCUAGCAGUCGUUGAAAGAGAUACUAAAAGCUGUCAAGUGCUUUCUGAAGCAUUUGGGAGCUUCUCAAAGUUGUUUGGUGCAUUCUGAAAUUGUAGGAAGCAAUGGCAAGCUGUCAAUGUUCUAAACUCCAUCCUCUUAGAUGGUCACACACUGAAAGUG